UUUGGUUUGUUUGCACGAUGGCUGUCCGGAUGCAGAAGGCGGCUCAUGAUGUCCAGUCCCGGAGGCGCACCGAUGAUGUUUUGCAGUCCGAGGGGGUGGAUUUCAGCGCGCUGCUGCUGUCUCAGCCUGUCCUGUCGGGUCUCGCCGCUGCGGGCUUUCAGAGCCCGUCCCCGAUACAGCUGAAGGCCAUUCCGCUGGGAAGAUGCGGGCUCGAUCUUAUUGUACAGGCCAAGUCAGGGACUGGGAAGACGUGUGUGUUUACCACCAUCGCUCUGGAUUCGCUGGUUGUGGAGAAUCCAGCGACACAGGUGCUGGUCCUCGCCCCCACCAGAGAGAUCGCGGUGCAGAUCCAUUCUGUCAUCACGGCGGUCGGCAUUGAGAUCGAGGGCUUGCAGUGUCAUGUGUUCAUAGGAGGGACCCCUGUGAGUCUGGACAUGACCAGGCUGAAAAAGUGUCACAUUGCUGUGGGCUCACCAGGUCGUGUAAAGCAGCUGAUCGAGAUGGGCUGUCUCCCCACAGCGAGCGUCCGCAUGUUUGUUCUGGAUGAAGCUGACAAACUGCUGGAGGAAGGCAGCUUUCAAGACCAAAUCAACUGGAUCUAUUCAUCCCUCCCUGUGAAUAAGCAGAUGCUGGCUCUCUCUGCCACGUACCCCGAGUCCCUGGCACAGCACCUCGCCCGCUACAUGAGGGACCCCACCUUCGUACGCCUGAACCCCAGCGACCUGGGGCUGCUCGGACUGAAGCAGUAUUACAAAAUUGUGAAAUCCCACCCGCUGCCUCAUAAGAUCUUCCAAGAGAAAGUGCAGCAUCUCCUGGAGCUCUUCAGCAAGAUACCGUUCAACCAGGCGCUGGUCUUCUCCAACUUACACAGCAGGGCUCAGCGCUUGGCAGAUAUUCUCACUUCAAAAGGCCUCCCCGCUGUGUGCAUUUCAGGCAGUCUGACUCAGGACCAGAGACUGGAAGCCAUGUCGAAACUGAAGCAGUAUAAAUGCAGAGUCCUCAUCUCUACAGACCUGACAUCCCGAGGGAUCGAUGCAGAGAAAGUGAACCUGGUGAUUAACCUGGACGUGCCGCAGCACUGGGAGACUUACAUGCACCGCAUCGGAAGAGCCGGCCGCUUCGGUACUCAUGGCUUGGCAGUGACGUAUUGUUGCCAUGGCGAGGAGGAGAAUGAAAUGAUGACCAUUGCUCAGAAGUGCAGUCUGAACCUCUCCUGCUUGCCAGACCCCCUCCCACCAGGAUUAAUGGAAGAACCCUCUGACUGGGAUGUUACCUUUGAAAGUGUCCAAACCUUACCGCAUAUACCUGCAGCCUCUCCCAAGCUCAAGGAGAAUCAGGACCAAGGACUUCAGAUAGAAGGCAUUGCAAGCCCCUUCCCUUCCAGGGGGGCUGAACCUCCCAACACUCAACCAUUCUCCCUGGGGAAACCCAAGAAACCUGUCCAGCCCCGAACCAUCCAGACAGAUCCCACCCCCAGAAAGCCUGUCAACAUCUCCGUGCUGAGAAACGUUUCUACCUCUCCGUUAACCCCCAUGGAGCUCCGAGAGAAAUCCCAGAGCCUCUCCAUCCAGGACCAGGCAGCUCUGCAAGAUGUACUGCCUAAAAUCUCCCCGCUGCCCUCUUUCAAAGCCAAGCCCCGCUGCAUGAGACCUGUGAGCCUUGCAGAGCUGACUGAAGAUUACGAAAGCUUUAUAAAAGAUGGGCCCGGGAGAACAGUGGAGAUUAUCAGACGGUAUACCGGUUCGAAUGACGCUGGCCAGCAGACCGUUGAAGAGGUCAAGGUGAAAGAUGGUGUAGAGCAAGGGGUUCCGCAGGCUGUUUCUAGGGACUACGAGAGGGAGAGCAGCUUCAACGCUCAGCUUAGUUCGUACAGUGACAGGAGCACCUCCUCUGAGGACGAUGAGGAUUCCAGGGGCGUGGACCGGGAAGCUCUUGGAGAACCAAUGGAGGUUUCAAUGCCAAUUCAACGUUCUGUUGAGAAGAUCUCAGCCUCUCCACGUGCUGUUCCUAAACCAAGCGCUCGUAACCGGUGUGUCUUUGCUGAAGCAUCAAGUGAGCAUGCCAGGGGUAAGACUGGCAUUCCAAAACACAGAGCUGGGCUGGAUCCCUGUCCUGAACCACCACGGCAAAAGGCCAAGGCAAGGGGUAAAAGCAGAGCUGAGGAAAGCCAGCUUGGGGCUGAGGACCAUGAAGAAUCCCUGGACCGGGGGUAUGAACAGCCCGGGCAGGACAGUCCUCAGGAAUACUGGAAGGCCUAUUUUGAGGCUUGGCAUAGAUACUACGCUGCUGUGGGGCAGCCCCUUCACAGAGGCUGCCGAAGAUAUUUUAACUGGAUGAGUGUGUAUCAGAUGAACUCUGUGUACAUGGAAGAGCUGCUCAAGCAUUGAGGAGUGCAGUCAGUGAAGGGACCUUUAAAAACGAGGCUCUCGCUUUCUAGUUUAGUAGAGUGGGGGUUACUGUCAUAGCGCAUAUGUGGGUAAUAAUAAUUUAACAAGGCAAGACGGCAUUGAUUUCACGCGAAUACAGAAUAGUUAUAGACUUGGUAAAAUAGCUGAUUUCAGUUUUCUAUACUUUUUUGUUAUUUUUCUGACAAAUAUAAAAUGUAAAAUAAAUAUGAGUUUGUCGCUCUC